GGAGAACCUACAGACUUGCUUUUCAUCUUGACAGAGCGCCACAAGAUAUGUGUCUUGCAAUAUGAUGCAGCAACAGGGGAACUUGUGACUAAGGCCAAUGGUGACGUGGGCGACAAGAUUGGGAGAGCAGCAACAAACGGACCAAUUGGGAUCAUCGACCCUGAGUGCAGAUUAAUUGGGCUUCACUUGUAUGAUGGACUUCUCAAGGUGAUCCCGAUUAGCGGAACAACACAGUUCCAGGAGGCUUUCAAUGUUCGGCUGGAAGAGCUUCAUGUCCUUGACUUGUGCUUCAUGGAGGGGUACCCACGGCCAACAAUCGCUGUCAUGUACGAAGACACAAAGAAUGCUCGACACAUACGGACCUACGAGAUAAACAUCAAGGAGAAGGAUCUUCAAGAGGGCCCAUGGAGCCAAAACAACAUUGACAAUGGGGCUGAAAUGAUGAUCCCUGUUCCAAAGGCAACGGGGGGCGUGAUUGUGCUGGGAGAGUCCAUGAUCACAUAUUUUGGCACUGGCGCUCAACCCCACAAAACGAUCGCUGUCCAAGAAACGACGUUCAGAGCCUAUGGUCGCAUUGACGAGGAUGGAUCAAGAUAUCUUCUGGGCGACUACCUGGGCCGGAUGUAUUUGCUGGUGUUGGCCCAUGAUGGUGAAAAUGUUCUGGGUUUGAAGCUUCAACAGCUGGGAAGGACACCAGCGGCUUCAUCCCUGUCCUACUUGGAUUCUGGUGUUGUGUUUGUGGGGUCCAGAUUCGGCGACUCGCAGCUUGUGAAACUGCACAGUGCACCUGUCAAUGGAAGCCCAGACAACUACAUAGAGCUGUUGGACACGUUCACCAACCUGGGUCCCAUCAUCGACUUCUGUGUCGUCGAUUUGGAUCGCCAAGGGCAGUGCCAGGUGGUCACCUGUUCUGGGACCUUUCUUGAGGGCUCCCUUCGUAUCAUUCGCAGUGGCAUCGGCAUCACAGAGCAAGCCACGAUCGAACUGCCAGGCAUCAAGGGUCUUUGGAGCCUGAAGAAAACCAUUGAAGAUGAAUACGACAUGUUUUUGGUUUUGACGUUUGUGAACGAAACGCGUAUAUUGGCCAUCAACGACGAUGAGGAGCUGGAUGAAGCAUGCAUUCCAGGAUUCGACAGUGAUGCACAAACGUUGUACUGUGGGAAUGUGAUUCACGGGCAACUGCUUCAGGUUACAAGGUCGUCUGCUCGAUUGGUGUCCACAGAGGACAUGGAAAUCAAAGGGGAAUGGACUGCGCCAGCAGGGUUCAUCAUCAACAUGGCCACCAGCAGCCCAUCUCAGGUGCUACUUGCUGGUGGGCAGGGCCGCUCUGUGUACCUGGAAAUUGUAGCUGGAGGACUGAAAGAGGUUGGACAGGUGACUGUACCCAGCGAGGUGUCUUGUGUGGACAUCACACCCAUAGGUUGUGAUCCCAACCAGGCGCAGCUGGCGGCAAUCGGUUCUUGGGACAUGAGCUGCUCAGUUUAUUCCCUUCCCAGCCUCACGCUCCUCUCUAAGCAGGAGCUGUCUUCUGAAGUCAUUCCACGCUCAGUGCUGUUUGGGAACUUUGAUGGGUCUGCAUUCCUGCUGUGUGCGAUGGGUGAUGGCGGUUUGUUCACAUGGAGGGUUGACCCAGAAAAUGGAGACCUCUCGGACAGGAAGAAGAUGACGCUUGGGACUAAGCCAGUGACACUGACCCGAUUCCGGUCCAAGGGAACAUCGCAUGUGUUUGCUGCGUCGGACAGGCCCACCAUCAUCUACAAUGCCAACAGGAAACUCCUCUAUUCCAACCUCAAUGAAAACGAUGUGAAUUUCCUUGCAUCUUUCAACUGCGCGAGCUUCCCUGACAGCCUAGCAAUUGCCAAGGAAGGUUCCAUGACAAUUGGCAGCAUUGAUGAAAUCCAGAAACUGCACAUCCGCAAAGUUCCACUUCGUGAACAGCCUAGGAGAAUUUGCCAUCAACCAGUGACCAAGACGUUUGGGGUGUGCGUGGAAGCGAUGGGUGAGAAACCCACAAGCUAUUUCCGCAUAUUUGACGAUGAGACUUUCGAAGUGGAGGACUCUAUCACACUGGACGCCAAUGAGACGGGUUGCCAAGUGGCGUCCAUCAAAUUCGCUGACGACCCCACAGCAUAUUUUGUGGUUGGAACGGCCUACGUGCUGCCCGAUGAGAAGGAGCCGUCGCGUGGCAGAAUUUUGGUUGUGUUGUGCGAAGAAGGGAAGCUGCAGAUCGUUGCUGAGAAGGAGAUGAAAGGGGCUGUGUUCACCUUGAAUCCAAUACAGGGAAAGCUCCUGGCAACUGUGAACUGCAAGGUGCAUGUGCUGGAGUGGCGGCUGGGUGAGGACCAGCAGAGGGAGCUUGUCAGUACCUGCUCCCACCAUGGGCACAUCAUGGCACUUUAUGCUGCGGCAAGAGGAGAUUUCAUCAUAAUUGGCGACAUCAUGCGAAGCAUGUCGCUCCUGCUGUACAAACCCGAGGAGGGGGACCUUGAGGAACGAGCCAGGGACUACAAUCCGAACUGGAUGACUUCUGUUGCCGUCCUGGACGAUGAUGUGUACCUGGGUGCUGAGAACAGCAACAACAUCUUCACAGUCAGAAGGAACAGCGACUCUGCCAUCGAGGAAGAGCAGAGCAGACUGGAGGUUGUGGGUGAGUACCACCUUGGUGAAUUUGUAAAUCGCUUCCAGCACGGGUCGUUGGUGAUGAAACUGGCGGACACUGAGCUGGCCGAUGUACCAACAGUCCUGUAUGCGACGGUGAACGGCCAGGUUGGUGUCAUUGCCUCGCUGCCCGAAGGGCUGUACCUGUUCCUGGAGAAGCUGCAGGAGGCGCUCAGAAAGGUGAUCAAGGGCGUUGGGGCGCUGGACCACAAGUCGUACCGGAUGUUCCAGAAUGAGAGGCGGACUGUCGACGCCCAUCACUUCGUGGACGGCGACUUGAUCGAGAUGUUCCUCGACUUGAAGCGGGAGAAGAUGGACGAGGUGGCGGCGCUGAUUGGCGAAGUGUCCACCGAGGAUGUGUGCAAGACUGUGGAGGAACUCAGCAGGUUGCAUUGA